UAUCCUGCGGUGUCGGGCCUGCUAGUAGUGGAUUGCCGUGAAGCCCGAAGGUUGUUUCUCCAGACCAACAACAAAAACAGUGCAAGCGUACUGCCGCGAAUGGAAGCGAAGAGUGGCUGACUGCCUUUCACUGAUAUCGUUUAAUACCCCGUUUUCGUGGAAGGGGCCCUGCGGCAGCGGCCGGUGUUGGAGGCCCAGUGCACCCUGCAGGCGUGGUCUGUCAGCAUGAACAGGAACAAGCGGGAGAAGGAGUACUACAGCAUCGAGGUGGGCGACUCCACCUUCACUGUGCUCAAACGCUACCAGAACCUCCGCCCCAUCGGAUCAGGAGCACAGGGCAUCGUCUGCUCGGCGUAUGACCACAACCUGGAGCGCAAUGUGGCCAUUAAGAAGCUGAGCCGGCCCUUCCAGAACCAGACCCACGCCAAGCGCGCCUUCCGAGAGCUCGUCCUCAUGAAGUGUGUCAACCACAAGAACAUCAUCGGCUUGUUAAACGUCUUUACACCUCAGAAGACACUUGAGGAAUUUCAGGAUGUGUACCUGGUGAUGGAGCUGAUGGAUGCUAACCUGUGUCAGGUGAUUCAGAUGGAGCUGGACCACGAGCGCCUGUCCUACCUGCUCUACCAGAUGCUGUGUGGAAUCAAACACCUGCACGCAGCAGGCAUCAUUCACAGGGAUCUGAAGCCCAGUAAUAUCGUGGUAAAGUCGGACUGUACGCUGAAGAUUCUGGCCGGUCUGAAGAGGACGGCCCACCGAUGCUCAUGGUUCCGGCAUUGGUCACCCUUCCACUAUCGGUCUCCUCAUGGGCUACCAGGCAUGGGCUACCAGGCCAACGUGGACAUCUGGGCGGUGGGCUGCAUCAUGGCCGAAAUGGUCCGCCACAAAAUCCUCUUCCCAGGGAGGGACUAUAUUGACCAAUGGAAUAAGGUGAUUGAGCAGCUGGGCACGCCCUCUCAGGAGUUCAUGCUGAAGCUCAACCAAUCGGUGCGCACCUACGUGGAGAACCGCCCCCGCUACGCUGGCUACAGCUUUGAGAAGCUCUUCCCUGACGUGCUGUUCCCCGCCGACUCAGAACACAACAAACUGAAAGCGAGCCAGGCCAGGGACCUGCUGUCCAAGAUGCUGGUGAUCGAUGCCUCCAAGCGCAUAUCUGUGGAUGAGGCCCUUCAGCACCCCUAUAUCAACGUGUGGUAUGACCCGUCCGAGGUGGAAGCGCCCCCCCCUGUGAUCACAGAGAAGCAACUGGAUGAGCGAGAGCACACAGUGGAUGAGUGGAAAGAGCUGAUCUAUAAGGAGGUGCUGGACUGGGAGGAGAGGACGAAAAAUGGAGUCAUCAGAGGACAGCCCCCCUCCCUAGCACAGGUGCAGCAGUGAUGGGGACCCCCCCGCCGCGUCCCUCCUCCCCGAUGUCUUCUGACCCCGCCCCUCCCCUCGUCUCGGACACCCACAGCGCCAUGGCAAUGGCUACGGCAACACUGGGCUGCUGCAGGUGACCUCGCCCACCGCUCUCUCAUCGGCUCUCGGGAGGGGGAGGGGCCUGCGGAGCUGAGGGCUUGUGAGAGCCAAUCAGAAGCCUCCUCCUGACACCUCACCUGCUCCACAUGAACUGUGUGUGUGUUGUGUUCCGUGUGUGUCAUCUUACUUUACGCUAACGCUACGUCAUCAUCUUGCCAUAUUGAUGUAGAACGGUUGAAGUAACGUGGAGGCUUUUAAGGUUAAAUAUUUUUUAGUCUUGUUUAUUGUUUUUGUUUAUUGCGGUGAGCGUGCAAACCCCUCCCUUAUUUAUUUAUCUUUCACCCCUCAAUGGGAAGCUCCGCCUCAAUUGCUACUGGCGUCCCGGGAGGAGAUAUUAUGGGAUGUGCUCACAUAGAUGCGAUUUGGGAAGCUGUCCUACGGCAAGGAGUGUGUGAGUGUGUGUGUGUGUGUGUGUGUGUGCGCGUGCACCUCAUACCUGUAAAAUAUCAAUGUAAGAACCUGUUGUACUCUGUGAAUACUUUGGUUGGGCGGAGAUAUGAUCAUGCAAAAGAUGUUUUGAUGAAGCUAAUUCAUGUCCUUUUGUUUGUUUGUUUUGUUUGUCUUUUUGAAAAAGAUUUUCUGUUGGAAACGUGGGUAAUGUAGUCUUUUGGAAAACGUAA